GUGCCCGCGCACCGUGCGCAGCGGCGACUUCGUGCGCUACCACUACGUGGGGACCUUCCCCGACGGCCAGAAGUUCGACUCCAGCUACGACAGAGACUCCACUUUCAACGUGUUUGUGGGGAAAGGACAGCUGAUCGCAGGGAUGGACCAGGCCCUGGUCGGGAUGUGCGUGAACGAGAGGCGGUUUGUGAAGAUCCCCCCCAAGCUUGCUUACGGGAGUGAAGGCGUUGCUGGUGUGAUCCCCCCGGACUCACUGCUGCAUUUUGACGUUCUUCUGAUGGAUAUUUGGAAUUCGGAAGAUCAGGUUCAGGUUCACACUUACUUCAAGCCCCCGAGCUGCCCUCGGACCAUCCAGGUGUCCGAUUUCGUUAGGUAUCACUACAACGGGACGUUCUUGGACGGGACACUGUUCGAUUCCAGUCAUAAUCGCAUGAAAACAUAUGACACCUACGUGGGAAUUGGCUGGCUGAUUCCUGGGAUGGAUAAAGGGCUGCUGGGGAUGUGUGUGGGGGAAAAGCGCAUCAUCACCAUUCCUCCUUUUCUGGCCUACGGAGAAGAUGGAGACGGGAAGGACAUUCCUGGGCAGGCAUCGCUGGUGUUCGAUGUUGCCUUACUGGACCUGCACAACCCCAAGGAUGGCAUUUCCGUCGAGAAUAAGGUGGUCCCUGAGAACUGCGAGCGCCGCAGCCAGAGCGGGGACUUCCUCAGGUAUCACUACAACGGCACGCUGCUGGACGGCACCCUCUUUGACUCCAGGUCACAGUCUUCGGGGACCGGCGGCCUCUGUCUCCUGCUGCCUCCCCGUGCUGACGGAUGUCACAGCUGUGGUGUCCCUUGUGAGGAACUCUGUGUGUUCUUUUCUAGCUACUCACGGAACCGCACCUUCGACACGUACAUCGGGCAGGGCUACGUGAUUGCCGGGAUGGACGAAGGUUUACUGGGUGUUUGCAUCGGCGAGAAGCGGAGGAUCGUGGUCCCCCCUCACCUGGGGUACGGGGAGGAUGGGAGAGGGAACAUCCCUGGCUCGGCCGUGCUGGUGUUUGACAUCCACGUGAUCGACUUCCACAACCCUUCCGACUCCAUCAGCGUCACGUCCCACUACAAGCCCCCCGACUGCUCAGUGCUGAGUAAGAAGGGGGAUUACCUCAAGUACCACUACAACGCCUCGCUUCUGGAUGGGACCCUGCUGGACUCCACGUGGAAUUUAGGCAAAACGUAUAAUAUUGUCCUGGGGUCUGGACAAGUGGUGCUGGGAAUGGACAUGGGGCUCCGGGAGAUGUGCGUCGGGGAGAAGCGGACAGUGAUCAUCCCGCCACACCUGGGCUACGGGGAGGCUGGCGUGGAUGGAGAAGUGCCAGGCAGUGCCGUGCUGGUGUUUGACAUUGAGCUGCUGGAGCUGGUGGCCGGCCUGCCGGAGGGGUACAUGUUCAUAUGGAACGACGAGGUGUCAUCCAACCUCUUCGAAGAAAUCGACAAGGACGGCAACGGAGAAGUCCUCCUGGAAGAGUUCUCGGAGUACAUUCAUGCCCAGGUGGCAUCCGGCAAAGGGAAGCUCGCUCCCGGCUUUGAUGCUGAGAUGAUUGUGAAGAAUAUGUUCACCAACCAGGACCGCAACGCAGACGGCAAGGUCACGGCCGAGGAGUUCAAGCUCAAAGACCAGGAGGCCAAGCACGAUGAACUCUGAGCCCGAGGAGCCCCGUGUGUGACGCCAAGCCCCGUGGCGGCGGAGCGUGCUGGGAGGGCGCCAGGCUCUCUCGGAAGGUGAAUUGUCAGCAAGUGCAGGUGGCCACACAUCAAGGCUGGGUCGAUACACACGUGAGAAUUUUAGGCCAAACGCCAGGGUGUUAGACUGCAUCGGUGGGAGGGGCCUUCGCACGGGCUGUGUGGGAUACUGAAAAGGCGGCGCUGCCAACCAUGUUCUGCGGGCCUUCCGGGUAGUUUUGUUAUUAAGGGAAAAUAGAGUCGUAUAGAAGUUAUAACCAUCCUGCAGGGAACAGAAGAAAAAAUCCAGGAUAUCUGUGUAAAGAGGAUUAAGACAAAAUUUUUUUUUAACUUGCUGGUGUUUUAUAAGCGUUGUCCGGACGGGCAGGAAAAGCAAAGGGCAUGCCCAGUGGGGUUCCCAGAAAGCCCCCGAAAACUUCUCAGCGGCCUGUACAGUACCUUCUGGUUGGCCCAGCCUUCACCUCCUCCUCCACACACACACACACACACACGCACACACACGCACACACACACACACACACACACACACACACGCUUUUCUACUUAAUCGCCCCAUGCCCUUGUGGUCCUCCGAUUGGUUGGGUAGCUUGGAGGUGAAAAAUUGGGGACCACACAAAAGGCAUGGAGGCCCACGGGUAGAGAACGUGACUGCGUCUGCCACGCGAGAGCACCUGCUUCACCGUCUCAGCCCCGUCACUCUGCCCCGAGUCCUUUGAUCAGAUAGAUGCGUGCAGGGCCCGCGGCCGAGCCGAGCUGCAGAGCGUCUCCCUGUGGCCCAGGUGGCCAUGUCUUCCCAGCCGAUGAGCAUAAACAAGGGGACAGGCUGCUCCUCUGCCUCCUGGAGAGGGAGGGCCCCGAGGCCCGGGCCUCGCUCUGCGUAACAAGGACCCUGCCCCCCGGGGCCCGUCCACGUUGUGCCCUGAACACCUUGCUGUCUUAUCUCCUCUGUUCCCCACCGGUGAUGGCACCGCCUCCCCUCCCCGAAGUGACCCACGCUUUUCCUUCUGAAACGGCUUUCUGUUACUAAUUUAAACUGUUUUGUACUGAUGUAGCUCUGAGGUAGUCCACGAAAACGCCAUGCACUCGUUCAAUUGAAUGUUGGAAAACCCAUCUUUUCGUAUAUAAAACGUUGAAUUCUCUCA